UCAUGCGCAACUCGGAACGCACCCUAUGUUCUAAGGUAUUGACAGUGAAUGUUAGAAUAUAACCUUAGUUCAUCCUUAAUUAGGUUGAUUACAGUAAUAACGGAGUAAAUUAACAAGAGUCAAAUGGCCUCGGCUGCAAUGUCACCAACUGACGAUGACGAGCUUACUCUUCCUCGUGCAUCAAUUAAUAAAAUAAUCAAGGAGAUCCUGCCUCAUGUACGAGUUGCAAACGAGUCCAGGGAGCUCAUCUUGAACUGCUGUACAGAAUUCAUUCAUCUGCUGUCUUCUGAAGCAAAUGAAAUUUGUAAUCAGCAACAAAAGAAAACAAUAAAUGCGGAACAUGUUCUACAAGCGCUUGAGAAGUUAGGCUUUGGCGAUUACAAUGCGGAGGCAGAAGCUGUGUUACGAGACUGCAAAGCUGUAGCGGCUAAAAGAAGACGUCAAAGUACCAGAUUAGAGAACUUGGGAAUUCCAGAAGAAGAAUUAUUACGGCAACAGCAGGAGUUAUUUGCUAAAGCACGAGAGGAACAAGCGGUCGCAGAACAGCAACAGUGGCAACAGUUACAAGCCGUUACGCAAAUGACAUCCAUGCAACAAGGUGACAGCGAACAAGAAGAUUAUUCAUAAAGAAAUUCAAAUGAUGAAACUUGUUUGCGAGUUUUUUUUUACGUGAAAAAGAUAUCUAUAUUUAGAAAAAAAAAGCAGAGAAAAUGGCAGAAUAAGAACGCUGAUAAUAUGGAAUAGUGAUGAAAGAAAGUAAAAAAUAUUAAAUGCAAAUUGUAUUAUUCUUGGAAGCAAUCUUUAAUAAUUUAAUUCUGUAUCAUAUAACAAUACUGUGUACAUUAAACACUCUUAUACUCCUUAAUUUAAUAUUAUAAUUUAUGAAAGCAAUGUAUCAUAUAAUAAAGUGGAUUAAUUAUACC